AUGGGAAUAUCAUCCCUGUCAUGUCUCAUUGCCAAUCUGUCUCUUUCUCUAGGAGGUGAUUUCCUUUCCUUUUUAAGAAAGAAAAAGGAUGAGCUAAAAACCAAACAGUUGGUGAAAUUCUCAUUAGAUGUUGCUGCUGGGAUGGCGUAUCUUGAAUCCAAAAACUGUAUACACAGGGACCUUGCUGCAAGGAACUGUCUAGUAGGUGAAAAUAAUGUUCUGAAAAUUAGUGACUUUGGGAUGUCUCGUCAAGAAGAUGAUGGAGUAUAUUCAUCUUCAGGAUUAAAGCAAAUUCCAAUCAAAUGGACUGCUCCAGAAGCCUUGAACUAUGGACGGUACACUUCUGAGAGUGAUAUAUGGAGUUAUGGGAUUUUCCUCUGGGAGACCUUCAGCUUAGGUGUGUGCCCGUAUCCUGGCAUGACUAAUCAGCAAGCACGGGAACAAGUGGAGAAAGGCUAUCGAAUGUCAGCGCCUCAGAAGUGUCCAGAGGAUAUCUAUAAAAUAAUGCAACGGUGUUGGGAUUACAAUCCUGAAAUGAGACCAAAAUUCAACGAGAUUCACAAAGAGCUGUCUGCACUGAAAAAGAAAGUGACAUCAUGAGAAACUGACGGGACUCAAAAGACAGGACUCCUCUUUUUCCAGAAAAGUAUUAUUUUUUCCUGUCAUGAAUCCAACACAUUUAUACUACAUUUCUUCCAAUAUUCUUCUAGGACUCCUUUUUGUAAAACAAAAAAAAAAAAAACUGCUUUAUUCAAGUGUGCCCAGGGUGGAGAAUGUCAAGAUGUCUAUGUUAAAGACAGAGUGUUCUGCCAAGUGCUUUAUAGUCACAAUGAUGCUGUCAUAUAGGUUUUGUGUAAAUAGAUAAACACGUAAUAUAUGUGUAGAAUUAGGGAAUUCUGGCUUAUUUAGAUAUUUCUAUGAUAAACCCCAAACAGUGUUUUGGGGGCUUUGUUUCUCCUUUUCAAUGCAUGUACUUGCAACAGUCUUAGUGUAAACCCAGUGGUUCAUGAACCAUUCCCACAAAUCUUAAAGCUGAAGGCAGAGUUUUCAGUAUAUCUUUUAAGGAUAAUAUAAAGUAGUGCUCUGAAAAAGAACACACACAUGCAAAAUCACCAGCUGAUGCAAUUUUGAAUAUGUGUUUUUUCAAGAACAUGAUGUAAGGAUCUGAUUAUAGAAUGAGGAGUUUGUGCACAAGUUUUCUGAAGACAUUUCACUACAGUAAAUGUUUCUAAUAUUGGAUAUUAUUUAUUUUCAUCUUUAAACAAGGAAAAAGAGGCACAAUUUGCCAGGAACUGGCAAGCACAAAUCCAUUAAUGGUAUAGCUUUUAUUUGCAGGAGAGAAAAUAAAUCCAAAGGUGUUAUAUGUAAUGCACUUGCUGGGAAGUACUGUCUUUCAGAAGUAUGGAAUACAAUUAUUCUUAAAUGUGCACAUUCAGUAGUGCUGUCAACAACAUAUUUGCAAAUGAAAGUAGCAUGUGAUUAAGGUAACCAGUAGCAUUGAUUUUGUACGGGAAAAGGAUAGUGAAUUACCUGAUUGGAAGCUUUGUGAAUUGAUGUUUCCAUUCUGUAUGCCCCUGGAGGAAGGAAUACACACACAUUCAUACUGUAUCCACUAUCAAUUUCUCAGUUGUGUUUUUAAAAAAGGCCUGAGAAGAAAAUUGUAGUAAGGAAUUACUAUCUUUUGAAAAGAGUAGUUUGCCCACUAAAAACUACAAAGUUGACCAGAAUACAGUUCCAUUUUUCUGGUUGAACUCAGUAUCCUCAGUAUCCUAAUAUCAUUAAACUGAUAUUUGGAUACUCCGAGAAGUAUCAGACAAUAAUGAGCAAAAUUAAUGACUGGAUUCUUCCUGUGGUCCCAAGGAGAAUGACUCUUCCAGUUAUUGGUUUCAUCCUGAUUUCCUGAAUCCAUAGCUGACCAGUUCUGUUGCAAGGGGUUUCAGAUUAUACCUCAGAGGUAGCAAAAUGCUGGUCUUGUUAUGUCAGCAAAUCAGUCACUUCCAGCCCAAGGGAUGAAGAUGAAGCAAUGUGAUGUUUUGCUCCUGGAAAUCACUUCCUUUUGUAGGGGAGGACCAAGAGGUUGGUGAAGUCUGUGAUUGCAAAAUGGACCUGUUUUGCUCAUCUUUCUGGCAAGAGCACCUUUGGUCUUUUGUGCAUGUGUUUUGUGGUAGUACAGAGUGGUGAUGUUGAGCAGGAUGUAUUCUACUUUUAGACUAGAAAAAUUGAUGUCAUUCACAUGAUAAAAUUUAUGAUCAGAAUAAAACAGUAAAGCAUUAUAUCGGAGGAAAUGUUCUUCAUUGUAGAUGGGCUUGUUAGUAAGGGACAUCAGGUGACUGUUGCCUUAUAUGCAAAGAUUGCUUUAUAGUUCGGAAUCCAGUAAAGAGGUAAAAGGAAUGGACAACAAAUGUAAUGUUGCGGUUUCUAGAUAUAGUAAUGGGCAUAUAUGGAUCAUAAAAAGAAUAUUCAGCAAAAGUAGGAAACAAUUGAUUACUGUGAUCCUAAAGGGAUCCAAAAUAGUGUGCCUUUAAUCAUUGGCAUUCCUUUGUUAAUUAAAAUGCACAAGGACUGAAUCCUAACACCACAAGGGGGAAAACACCACAAAUUGCCCAGUUGCACAUUUUCGUCUAUGCAUUCACUAAUGUGUAAAUGUCAGGACAGAAUGUAAAGAAUGUAUUUCCUUGUAUUCAUGAUGUUUUUAAUUUUUCUUUUAAGGGUUAGUAUUUUUAUAUAGGAGAGAUUGUUCCAUUUCUUAAAGUCUUCUGAAUGUAUUCUGUCUUUCAACACGAAAAAAGACAGCACUUUGUCUUAAAUUGAUUAGAAGGACAUCUUGUCCUGAUCUUCUUGUACAAAUGUAAAGGAUAACUGCUAUUUAUAUUUCAUUUAUGUAAGCAGUUAAAAUUUGCAAUUCAUGUCAGACUGCUGCUCAGAUUGAAAAACCUUUCUGAAAAUGUAAUACCAGAACAUUGGGCAUUUGUUCUGCCUGUCCUCUGUCCUAAAAUCAGAGGUCAGCUAAAAUCAGAAAUUGGAAUAUAGGGUUCAUUCACAGAAAGUAAGUUUAGCAAAUUAAUACUAUAUUUUUCACACAUUCUUACAAACUACUCUCUUAGUUUGUAACUUAAUUUGUAAAACUAGUUUUACCUACCAUGUAAAACUAUUUAAAUUAUGUUGGUAAAGUUAUAUCCAUGCCAAAUGCAUAUAGCCAUUUCCUUUCUUAAUGGAGUAAAGUUCUCUGCAUAAUUAGAAAAUCUGUUGUUCCAGGAUUGAUGUAGUUCUUGUAAGAAUAAAGUUAGAACCCUUCCACUAUUACUGGUAAUAUGUAAUACUAAAUAAGCAUUUCUGUUGUUUCUUAACGAUAAAUGUUAGUGCGAUUUGAAAGUGCAAGAAACUAAUACAUUGUGAACAAAUUAACAUUUUACAACUGAAAGCCAAAACUUUUGAAGAUAUGCCACAUAAAGAAUAAUUUGAAAUUGAUUUGCACUCUAUAAUCUGUUUAUUUUCAAAAAUUAUGUUUUUAAUAAAUUAUCCAAAUAGCAUAAGACUCUUGCCAUUUUGGGAAUCAGAAGCACAUUAUUCUGAAGUAUAAGUUCUGUAAACCUUAUAUAUGAAAAUACAAGGUAAGAAACCAUUAAAGGUUCUCACUCAUACAAGAUCAUUUAGUAACUUUCCAUUUUUGAAAUAUUUAUGGACUAUGGUACAUUUUCAUUUAUGAGUGAAGGUAUUUAUAUUUAACAAAUGCCACAUUUUUUGCUUUCUUUUAAAUAUUGAAGCAGAUAUUACAGAAGGUUGGAAACAGCAAUGUUAUGAAGCUUGUUUGGUUAGAAAUAUUUAAGUUGGUUUGUUAAGUUUUGGGGAGUGGUUAAUCAACUGAUUAAAUCAGUUGUUGACCUUGGCGGCAUAAUACUGGCAGUAACUUACAGAAAGAAAGUGAAUAACAAUUUACAGGUCUCAAUCAGUAAUAUUUUUAUAUAUUUUACUAGCUGAUUGAAAGAUUUAGAACAUUUUUUUCUUUAAAAUUAGCACAAAGAGCUUUUAACUAUACUAUUUCUAGCUGUCUGGAAUUUGCAGAUUUUAAUUAAAGAUAGAGCUUUUCCCCCCUAUUUGCAGUGAGAUUCUUUCACAACCCAGAAACCUGGUUUUAGCUUUUGCAGGAUGCCAGGAUAGGAGAAGGAACCCAUUCUGAAUUGAGACUGUGAAAGUGAAGAUUAUUUCCUAUCAAAAAUCCUCUUCUACUUCCAAAACUGCUUCUUAUUCCUAGCAACUAAGCAGGGCUGCUCAGCAGGA